GGCUCCUGCGGCACCACUGCUGUGAGAGAAACAGCCCGAGGGCUCCCGUAGAGCCUGCAGCUGCCCGGGAGGAAAGUGCCCCCGGGCCGUGCUCGGGGUCUGGGCUGCCGCCUGGAGCUGAGAGUGCUGUUUGCAGUGGGAGCUCCCGUUCUCAGAAGAUAUUCAGCAUGGGAUUGCUUACCAACCUCGCUCGAGGCCUGGUCCGAGGUGCAGACAGAAUGGCUGAAUUUACCAGCAAACGUGGACCCAGAAGCCAUAACAAAGGCAGAGGAGCCAAGAAAUUGGGUUAUGUCACCUUAGGUGGGAAAUUUAUCAAAAUUAAGGAAAUGGUCCCUGAAUUUGUGGUUCCAGAUUUGACAGGGUUUAAGCUCAAGCCCUACGUUUCCUAUAAGACUCCUAAAGGGACAGAACCACCACUGACGGCCAAACAGCUUUUCAUGGAUGUUGUUGCCCCACAGAUUGAGAAGGAUAUUAAAGAUGGGACUUUUGACCCCCAUAACCUUGAGAAAUAUGGAUAUGAACCUACUCAAGAAGGCAAGCUCUUCCAGUUGUUUCCCAAGAACUAUGUACGUUAAGAAGUAAAGAUUAUAGCCUUCCCUGGAAAGUUUCUGCAGCAACACAGUAAACUUACAAAAAUAUUGUUUUUAAAUCUGAUAUAAUGUUGAAUAUGGAGAUUUCAGCUAUAGAGGGGAAAACAUCCUGCCCUUUUUCAGUACCUAUUAAAGGAAAAUCCUACUGA